AUGCCGCCAGCACACAAACCCGUCCGCCGUGCCCUGCUGCUGCUGCCGCCUGCGCCCUCACCACCCUCCUAUGCAGCACUCAAGGCUGCCUACAACUCGCCCUUGUUCACCGUCUUGAAAGAGCUGGCCAGGUCUCCGCGCAAAUCCAAUGAAUCCCUACUUCUAGAAAUUGCAUUACCAUGCCCGCAUCUGUAUGGUCAUCUUGAUGAGCCCCGCGGCCUGCACUACGCAACCACCCAGCAGCUAGUAGCCGAUCUCUACAAACUCAUUUGCAUCACUGCGAGCAGGGAAGCUAUCGAUACCGAAGACUCAGAGGGCGUUGAUGCUCGUGUUGUUCUAGUCGCAUAUCCCAGGGACGGCCAACUGACGAAGCCCCUACCAGAUUCCACCCCAGAGCAGGAACUCCAGGGGCCAGCAAUAGACAUCCAUACGCUAGCACGGAGUUCGCGAUCAUGGGAUACCGUCUACUCGGUCGAAAGCGAAGAAGGAGAGCGCGUACUGAAGAGCUUCCUCUCUCUGUCGAAAGCCCAGAUACCCGUGUCCAAAGUUCGCGGUGGUAUUGUCAGUGUAGAGGCCCCAGAUCCAGCAUCGUUUGCCGAUGAGACAGACAAAUCAAUCAACCACCUCUCUGUUGCCGUCGGGGGGACUUUCGAUCACCUUCAUAUUGGCCACAAGCUAUUGCUUACCAUGUUUGCCUUUAUGCUCGGAAGGAGACAGCCAACCACUUCCGAUGCGAAGCCCAGUGUACUUACAGUCGGAAUCACCGGGGACGCUCUACUAGUGAACAAGAAGUUUGCGGAGCAUCUCGAAAGUUGGAAAGAGCGUCAGCAAUCAGCACACGACUUUCUCGCAUCCCUCCUCUACUUUGGCCCCCCGGAUGACGAGCGCAUCCGUGUUGAAGAGAUCCAAGAACCCGGCCCGAACGGACAUGCCGUCCACGUCAGCUAUCCCUUUGGGCUCACUAUCAAAUAUGUUGAGAUUUGGGAUCCUUUCGGCCCAACCAUCACUGACAAAGACAUCUCUGCCUUGGUGCUGUCGCUCGAGACAAGGAGCGGAGGUGCUGCAGUGAACAACAAGCGCAGCGAGCAGGGAUGGGACCCCCUUGAAGUUUUUGAGGUCGCUGUUCUCGAUGCCAGCGAAGAAGACAGCAUUGAUGAAACCUUCCAGAGCAAGCUGAGCAGCACUGAGAUUCGUCGAAAACGAAGCGAACGUGUUCAAUCCAGAGCGAAAGCGUGA